AUGAGGUACAUUCAUCAGAAAUUUGUAGAAAGAUAUGACCCCACUGUUGAAGAUAGCUACAUGAGACAAGUUGAAAUUGAUGGCUCCGCAGUAAUGUUGGAAAUUAUUGAUACUGCCGGACAGGAGGAAUAUCGUUCUCUCACAGGAAUGUACAUGGAAAAGGGACAUGGAUUUGUUAUUGUGUACAGUAUUACCGAUAUUGAAACUUUCCAUGAAACUCCUAAAUAUUACGAAGAAAUUCUUAAGGCUAAAGAUGAAAAAGAAGGAGCUAAAAUCCCUAUUAUUCUUGUUGGUAAUAAGAUUGACUUGGAAGAGCAAAGAAGUGUAACCAAAGAAGAGGGCGAAAAUCAAUCAAAGAAGUUUGGUGAUUUCUGCAAAUGGAUUGAGACAUCAGCAAAAACUGGUGAGAACGUGGACUCUGUGUUUGAGGAAUUAGUCAGAAUGAUCAACACAGCAGAAGGGGGGGAGGAAGAAGAAGCAGAGGAACCUGCUGCAGAAGGAGGAUCUCAAACCAAGCCAGCCACAGCUUCUUCCGAUCCUGCUCAACCAAGCGCAUCCGAAACCAAACCAGCCACAAAACCAAAGAGGCAAAAGAAAAAGUGCAUCAUCUUGUAA